AUGACAGCGGACCGCGAGGGCUGGGAGGUGGUGGUUCGCUGGGAGGGCGAGGACUGGCGAGUCGGGGUGUGGCGAGACACGACGGUGGGCCAGCUCAAGGUGCUCCUCGAGGCCCUCCACGAACCUCGGCUCCUGCGGCCCAACGCCCAGCUCCUGGUACUGGUCGACGACGGGUCCACCACCACCCCUCACGCAGAGCUGGAGGACCACGCCCCCCUGCGCCAGUAUGGCCUCUUGCUCGAGCCCACCGCCACCACCUCUGCGGUCCCUUUCCUGCGCGCAGCUGCGGAGGAGGACCGCUCGACGCCCUUCGUCCGCCUCUCCGUCCGCGACGAUGCGCCGGACUACCCACUCUUCCCCAUGCCCUGGCUUUGCGAACUCACCGAACCCCUGUUGCCCGAGAGCAGAACACGGAUUGCGCACCAGUUCAAGCAGUUGCUGCAGCUCCAACACACGUCGAGGUUUGGGACCGACCAGUUCGCCCCCAGCGCAUCCGGCCUCACCCUGUGUGAGGUCGACACCACCACCUACCGGCGCUUUACCUUCUUCAUCAAGCCCCAACCGGGCAGCGUUUACGCGUGUUCGAAGAUUGCUGUGCGCGUCCACCUGGCCCGCCAACAUCCCGCCGAGCCUCUCCGACUGCAAGUCCUCACGCCCAUCCACCACCCCUUGGUCGCACCCGACGGCCGCGUGGCCCUCUACGACCAGGAAAACAACUGUUCGCACCCAUGCCUCGUGCUAAUGUUUCGGGAGCAACUGCUGGUCUUGGACUACUCCCACCUACGAGAGGCGUGCAGCGAAGCGCCCGAGCUGCAGAGGGCCAUCGACGCGUGGACGGCGGACCCCGCGGGGCAGGCGAGCAAGGCCAGAGCCAUCGCGAAACUGUUGGCGCAGCCCGGCCCGGUGGUCAUCGACGAAAUGAUGACCAGCCCCAGCUCGCCCUGGGUGAAGAAACUCAUGGGCUUCUUUCCCGAGUGCCAGCGCGAAGUGCGGACGCUGCUGAUGAUGGCAGCCAGGGACGCGGAGACGGGGGACGCCAAGCACUCGGCGUCCAGGCUGUGCGACCUGCCGCGCGAGCUGAUCGUCGCACUCGUGCUCGACCUGAUACGGCUCCACGUCGCACAACUGCGCGGCGACGACUGCCAGCGGCUGCGGUCGUCGGUCGUCGUCGCCGCAAGCGGGCUGGGGUACCCGGAUCUGCCGCCGGACUGGCAGGACCGGAUCCUGCGGGCCUUCCCGGCACGAAGGCUGGCUUACCGCUAUCCGGGUCCACUGAAGGACUGGUGA